AUGUCAUUACAAGACGGCACUGUCGAGAACGGCCCGAAACCGACUUACGAGCACGAUGAGACGGCGAAGCCCACUGUUGAGAAAGAGACUCGACUUGACAUGAUGAAGGAUUGGAUCAAAACGUGCGACGAGCACCAUGGCUCUCCUUGCGUUUUAACCAAAGAGACCAGGGUCAGACUGCCUCCAUGGCUCAUCGACGUUGUGGACGAAUGCGUAGUGCAGGGCGUUGCCGAGCGUUAUGUCACCCUCAGCUACGUAUGGGGCGGAGUAAAGACUUUACAAUUGGUUAAAGACAACAUCGAUCGGUUGACGCAGCAAGGAAGUCUUGCGAAAGAAGUAGUCACCUUACCUAGGACGUUACGAGAAGCUCUGGAAGUUACACGACUUCUUGGGGAACGAUACAUCUUCGUUGACCAGCUUUGUAUCGUCCAGGAUGAUCAGCAGCAUAAAAUGUCGGAGAUUCAGAAUAUGGCAGAUAUCUAUGCCCACUCGUACCUCACUAUCGUCGCCACCGUCGGCGAUACGGCAGACUUUGGCCUGGUUGAUUGCCUCGAUCAAUGGAUACAUCGAUCUCCAUCGGACUUAAUAACCCACGACGUUGACGAUGUUUACCCCUGGGUGCUCGAAAGAAUCGAUGCAAGUGCGUGGAAUCAUCGAGGAUGGUAG